GCUGUGCGCGCCGUUGCCGUACUGUCGAAGCAAGUUUCAACUGGGUUGGACUCUCUUGGUCCGCCCAGCUUAAUGCAACUUCUUCAUGCCUGCGCCAGAUGGAAACCCUUGCGAUCCCCGGAUCUGACAGAGGGCAUUCUGCAGAACGUCAGCCAGAAGAUCUCAGAGUUUCAAGCCCAGUCAUUGUGCCUCCUUGUGAACUCCUGCUCUCGGCUCCAACAGAGGGAUGUGAAGCUGCUCACGCAGGUCGCCAAGGCCAUGGCGCCGCAGCUGUCUCAGUUCACACCCCAGGCUCUGGCACUAACAGCUCAUGCCUUUGCUAGGCUGGAUGUGCGAUCCGAAAUCCUUUUUUAUUUGAUGGCGGAGGAGGUAGUGCAGAAAAUGCCACUUUUCUCUGGUCAGGGAGUGGGCUUGACGUUGCAGGCCUUCGGAAAGCUGCAGAUCAAGAACCAGAAGCUCAUUCGAGCCUGCAUCAAACAUGUCCGUUCCUUAUCGGAGGAGCUGACUGGUCAGGAGGUGGAUGCCAUAGAAGCAGGCUUGCAGCAACUCGAAAUGCUUGAUGGUUCAACAGCUGCACUUCUGCGCAACUUGCGGCGAAAACUCAUGAUGCAGGCAGCUUAUUCCCCAGAGGAUGACCCGUGGGAGGCAUCCGCCGAAAGUCUGCUGCAACGGUUGUCCGAGGAUGCCGAGAAGGUAGUCAGAGCUGACUCCCAGUACAGUGCCCCCUUGCCGAAGCAGACAUCCGAUGAUUCGGUGGGGGAGUCUCCCGAGCACAAUCCGCCUGAUGAUGGGCCGGCAGACCUGUGGGCCUUGUGGUCGUCGCACCCGCAUAGUGAUGCUGUUGAAGGCGCCACUCCUGCGUCAGACGUUGAUUCCGAGACUGCUGGCGCAACGCCCCGCGCGAAGCUCAAGGAGUACCUGUCAAGGCCAGCGGUGAUCGGCCGGAAGACGAUGGUCGUUGGAGAGUUACAGCGCGCUUCGGCGGCAUGUCAGACACGAACAGCCGGGCACUGA